AUGUCUCGCCCGACUGCGCAACACUUGCAGAACUCUCGGGAGAUGCGCAUACGUCGUCGCUGUCUCGGACCCGCUCAUUUGGAUAUUGAUAUGAGAAAUCAGUCUCGAGGAAGUCUGUCCCAUCCCCUUCAGCGUCUUCACGACGCCGAGGGUCGUCGUGGGAGAUCUCCUAGUCUUGCCCCCCGCAAGGACAUUGCGCUCGACCUGCCUAACCGAUUCAUAGAAAGUGGGGAAAUGGAACAUAGCAUGGUUCCAGAACAAGUGUUUGGUUUCCGCGUGGAUUUGACGGUUCACACGCAGCAGGGAGAGGGUAGUGAACAGUUGGGGUUCGUCGUACCCUGCUGA